AAAUAUCCAUCUCUCGAGUGGAAUAAUUUUUUUACUUGGUUUUAAUGGAAAGUAGUAUUGGAAGAUAUACAAUUAUAUAUAGAAGGCAAACUUUUCGAGAAUAAAAAAGGAAAAUGAAAAAGAGAGGGGGGAAGAGAGAAAGAAAAGAAAGAGAAGAGGAAAGAGAAAAGAAGAAUGAAAGGGAAAAAAGUAGGAAAAUACAUAAAGAGGACCAAAACAACGGGAGGAAAACAAUAAUAAAAUGGAAUAGUACAAAGUAUAAACCCAAUUGAAGAAUACGGGGGCAGACACAUCAAGAAGAAGGAAAUAAAAAAAGGGGAU